GGAUCUGGGGAUGGUCGAGACGAGCCUCGGGUUGCGUGCAACAGGCAUGUGAAGAUGCCCACAGGCAGAGAGAAAGAAAGCUGAGACGAAAGGUGUGGUCGACGUUGUGGUCGAGGACGACGUCGACCGGGGAGAGGAUAGCCGCCAGCCGACUGCACGUGGAGGGCGGGGACGCGAAAGUCGGGGGAGACAGCGUCGGACGACUAUAUGCGCAUGUGACUCGGCGUAGUGUUAACUUCUCCGCAUUCCGCAUGUCCUUCCCCGCACUCGCCCUCCCUCCUUGCCCUCCCCCGCACUCGCCCUCCCUCCUUGCCCUCCCCCGCCAUGUUCCGCAUCACUCCCAGCCUCUGGGAGCGCAUCCACCACUAUGCCUCCUUCCCACAAACAGGCGUGUCGUUGCAGCAGAUGGUCCUCUUCGGUCAGAAUCCCAGCCAGGGCACCCUCCUCCGCGCGAGCCAGUUCCUCCUCGAGGAGCUGCCCAUCCGCCUCGCCCAUCGCGUGAAGGAGCUCGACCAGCUACCGCACAACCUCAGCGCGAUGCCCUCUAUCCACAAGGUCAAGGAUUGGUACGCCCAGUCGUUCGAGGAACUCAUCUCCUUUCCGUCCCCAAAACUACCCAAGCACAUCCGCGAGGCCCUCAUGGUCAACAACAGUGAGAUGUCCCUGCCCGAGUCCACAACCAACCCUUCUCUCCCCUUCUUUAUCGACGACUAUGGCGCGUUCCCCUCCAGCGUCGGACUCCCCCCCUCACAACACAACAAUGGGCACGGCAAUGGUAACGCCAACAGCGGGCACCACAAGCUGCGCAUUCCCAUGGAGCGGAGAUACUACGCAAACACAUCGGCGAUCAAUUGGCCACCCGAGGUGCAGGACUUCAACCGCCGCUUCACAAAGGCCCUCGAGCAUAUCAAGCGGCGGCACGAUCCGACAGUGACGACCGUCGCGCAGGGCGUGCUCGAGUGGAAACGCUCCCAGAAUGCACGCAACAUCAACCUUGACGUGCAGCAUUGGCUCGACCGUUUCUACCUCUCCCGCAUAGGCAUCCGCUUCCUCAUUGGCCAGCAUAUUGCGCUGAACACGCUGCAACCGCACCCCGACUAUGUCGGGAUCAUCUGCACGAGCGCGAACGUGCACGACAUUGUCCAAGAAGCGAUCGAGAACGCGCGCUUCGUCUGCGAAGAACACUACGCAAUGUUCAAAGGCCCGCCCGUGCAGCUCAUCUGCCCGCGCGAACUGCAUUUCGCCUACGUCCCCGGACACCUCUCGCACAUCUGCUUUGAGCUACUGAAGAACUCUCUUCGUGCGGUUGUCGAGCGCUUCGGACCCGACGCCGAGGACGCGUUCCCGCCGAUCAAGGUCAUCGUCGUCGAGGGCAAGGAGGACAUCACCGUCAAGAUCACCGACGAGGGCGGCGGUAUCCCUCGCAGCGCCAUUCCCCUCAUCUGGACGUACAUGUACACGACGAUGGAGGGCCAGAACAUUGAUCAGGACUUUCAAGCGAGCGACUUUAAGGCACCUAUGGCUGGCUUUGGUUACGGGCUGCCGCUGUCAAGACUGUACGCGCGAUAUUUCGGCGGCGACCUGCGUCUAAUCUCCAUGGAUGGCUUUGGCACUGACGUCUACAUCCACCUCAACCGGCUCUCGAGCAAUCGCGAGCCGCUCCCAUGACCAUGAUUGCCUAUUCGCCACUGGAGGCCCACUGACGGACAAAAGAGGGACGCCCCGCGCGCACGAACGGACAUCGCAUCUGCUAUUUACCAUACCACCGCAUCUGCAUCUGCAUUGCACGACCCGCUACGCUAAUUGUAUAUAGCUGUAUUUACGACUAUCGUUACUUUGUCUUUCUGGGUAUGUAGUAGUAUAUUAUCACGGCAAUUGCGAGGAUCUUGCCACGUUAUCGGGGUUC